AUGAAUCAAUCCAAACGCGAAUUCAAUUUCGGUCAUUCUACAAAUAUAAUUAUAAAAAAAUUACGAACAACAUUUGAUAAACAAAUUUUACCACCUACUUGUUUUGAAUAUUUGCCCAAUGAACUUUUUUAUGAAAUUUUUGAUUAUCUUGAUCCAUAUGAUACCAAUCAAAUAUUUUUAAAUCUUAACAUUCGUUUUAAAAAUUUACUUACACAGUCAUUGCUUCCAUUGAAAAUCAAUCUUUCAAAUAAAUUAAAUUUAUCAAUUGAAGAACGUUCUCGACAUAUCAUUAUUCCAAAUAAACAUCGUCUUCUUUCACUUCAUUUUAAUGAUCCUUUAUGUAUAAAUACGUUUUUUAUUCAUUGUAAUAUUGAUUCAUCAUUCACUCGUCUUGAAUCAAUUAUUUUAAAUAAUGUUCUUGAAGAAAAAAUUUUCGUAAUUCUUUUCUAUUUAAACACUCUAUCAAGACUUUUCUCAUUAACUAUGCAAUGUGAAAAAACAUCAUUACUGAAUAUUGCUGAUAUUUAUCGAUUAAUUUUUCAAUUACCAGUGUUGAAGUUUAACAAAUUGACAUUAAAAAGUGCUCCAGAUGAUUUAAGUGCUCUCAUACCAGUUUCUAUCAAUGUCAAAUUCAGUACUAUUGAAUAUCUGAAUAUUAAUAUGCGUUGUAAUGUCGAUGAAAUUACGUCUAUACUUUAUCAUACACCUCAUCUUCGACAUUUAUCUUGUAAACAAUUAUAUCAAGCGAAUAAAAUUAUUGGAAAAGAAGUGAUAUUAACAUUACCUCAUUUGAUAUAUGCUUCAUUUUUGUAUUGUCUAGUCACAUUUGAUGUAUUGGAGGUAUUUAUCAAAAAAAUCUCUGCACAGUUACAAGUAUUACGUCUUGUGACAUCACAUGAUGAAGCUUAUCUCGAUGUUAAUCGUUGGGAACGAUUGAUCAAAGAAUAUAUACCACAUUUGUGUAAAUUUCGUUUUGAUUAUAGUGUAUAUCAUAAUGGAACUUCCGACGUGAUACCAGAUCGUGAAGCAAUCACUCAGUUUACAUCAACAUUUUGGAUUGAACGACAAUGGUUUUUUAAAUUUACAGAUAAGUUGAAUUGCUUCCUAUAUUCAAUUCGUCCAAUCAGUAAACAAUGGUUCAAUUCUUAUGAACAAAUUAUGGGCUGUGUUAAUCAAAAGACGGAUGAAUGUACAUUAAAAUCUAACAAUAUUUCUUCUUCGUUUGAAAUUAAUCAAGCUUGCGGUCCUUCAAUUCAAAUGAUUAUCGCAGGAUAUUCACCUUCUACUUGGAAUACAUUUCAUUUGGAUCGAAUGAAACUUUGUUUUCAAGUCAUACCAUUUACUCAUUUAACUAUUCAUAGUAAUAAAAUUCCUUUGGAUGUGGUAGUGUUAAAGGUUGAUAGUGAUCAAAAAUUUUCAACAUAA